UGUGAGCUAGCGUAGAUGGAAUCGAAUAAAAUUGUGUGUCCGAUUUCGAUUUGUAUGUAAAAUAUUUUCGAACAUUUUCUACCUGAAUUUUGGAUUAAACUGCAUAUUUGACUAUUAGACAUGGAAGAUUUGAAUCAUGAGCAAAAUCAAAUGCAUUCAAUGGCUGAGUAUGAGGCCGAGAUGGAGAGGCAAAUGAUGUCGGUACCUGCACCGGGAACACAAAUAUUGAAUGCACCACCACCCGGUAUGCAGAACAUCAAUCAAGGUAUCAUGCAGCAAAAUAAUAUGGUGCCACCACCGCCAAUCGGGAUGCCAAUGCAUCAUAACACCAAUGACAUCAAUCAACAAGGUGACCAACCGAAUUGGGGCACCGACGAAACCGAUAAAAGUGCACACAAUUUACCACCAUUAAUGUCUGUGAAAGUUGAUAAGCCGGACGAUGUGAAGAGUAACAAUCAAAAUGCCGGUGAAGUUGUGUUGCCAAAGGCGUUGGAAGAUGUAUUUGCAUUUAAAGAUCAAUUGGCAGAUGAAAUGGGCCGUGGCGAUGGUGAAAUACCAAUUGAAACUGAUAAAACUGCACCGAGAGCAUUGACUGGCGUGAUUAGUACAGACUAUGCCGAUGCCGAUGCUGAGUCAGAUGAUGAUGAAGAGGUGCCUGCAAAUCAUGUGGCCAAAUCAAAAGGUCAACAUCGAUUAGAUAAAAAUAAAAAGAAAAAACAACGAAAAAAGCAAAAUAAAAAGAAUCGCCUAAAUAAAGUGCAAAAUGGUGAAGAGAAAAUCACAAAUGGCGAAGAUAAAUCGUCCGCCGAUGGGAAAACAAAUGAAUCUACAGAUGAUGUGGCUAUUGAAUAUGUACCGGAAAAAAUUACAGUUGCCGAUUUGGCGCCGAUAUAUCGACAAUUUUAUCGUGUAUUUGAAUUGUUCAAGCUAGACGAAAAACCGGCCGCAGCUAAAACUGAGGAAAGUACCGAAAACAAUGAAGAUGCACAAAAGAAAGAUAAAGAUCAUUUGUUGGACGACGACGACGAAGAUAUGGAUGAUGAAAAUAAAGAUGGUGGUGAGAAAUUGUCGAAGCGUAAAUUAAAGAAACUCACACGGUUAAGCGUGGCCGAAUUGAAGCAACUGGUUGGUCGACCUGAUGUCGUUGAAAUGCACGAUGUCACUGCACGCGAUCCAAAACUGUUGGUACAAUUAAAGGCCCAUCGUAACACCGUUCAAGUACCGCGGCAUUGGUGUUUUAAGCGAAAAUACCUACAGGGCAAACGUGGUAUUGAAAAACCGCCAUUCGAUUUGCCAGCAUUCAUUAAAAAGACUGGUAUCAUGGAAAUGAGAGCAUCGCUGCAGGAAAAGGACGAAGCAAAAACACUCAAGGCGAAAAUGCGUGAACGAACGAGACCAAAAAUGGGAAAAAUUGAUAUCGACUAUCAGAAAUUACACGAUGCAUUCUUCAAAUGGCAAACAAAGCCUCGUAUGACCAUUCACGGUGAUUUAUAUUAUGAGGGUAAGGAAUUCGAGACGCGAUUAAAAGAAAAGAAGCCCGGAGAUCUAUCGGAAGAGUUGCGUACAGCACUUGGAAUGCCAAUUGGCCCAAACUGUCACAAAAUUCCACCGCCAUGGUUAAUUGCCCAACAAAGAUACGGCCCUCCGCCAAGUUAUCCAAAUUUGAAAAUACCUGGUUUGAAUGCACCAAUUCCAGAGGGAUGUUCAUUUGGUUAUCAUGCAGGUGGAUGGGGCAAACCACCCGUCGACGAAAAAGGAAAACCACUUUAUGGCGAUGUAUUUGGUACAAGUCUAUUGGAUGCCGAUAGCGGUGUUGAGGAGGGUGACAUUGAUCAUAAUAUUUGGGGUGAAUUGGAAUCUGAAUCAGAAGAAUCAUCUGAAGAAGAAGAAGAUGAAGAGAAUGAGGAUAUUGAUGCUCCACUUGAUGAGAGCGGUUUAGUCACUCCAGCUGAAGGCAUGGUCACACCGUCUGGUUUGACCAGCGUCACAGCUGGAAUGGAAACGCCCGACACCAUUGAAUUGCGUAAAAAGAAGAUUGAAAGUGAAAUGGAAGACAACGAAACGCCAGUUCUUUAUCAAGUAUUGCCUGAAAAGCGUGGCGAUCGUAUUGGCGCUUCUAUGAUGGGAUCAACUCAUGUUUAUGAUAUGUCUACAGCGACCGGUGCAAAGCCACCACAAAAUAUUGCCACACAUCGUGUUGGCGAUCGCGAAGGCAUGGUUGAGCUGGCUCUCGAUCCAUCCGAAUUGGAUUUGGACAAUGAUGCAAUGGCACAACGAUAUGAACAACAAAUGCGAGAACAACAGAGUCAUCUACAAAAAGAGGAUCUAUCAGAUAUGCUUGCUGAACACGUUCAGAAAUCGAAACGGAAGCGUCAACAGGGCAGCGAAACGACAACAAAACAAACGAAAAAAUAUAAAGAGUUCAAAUUUUAAAUUGUCAAACGUUUCAUAUUUGAUCCAUUAUUCAUUCUUUAUUUGUAUAUCUUUCUUGCGAGAGAACAUUCGUGAAGUUAUAAAACUUAAAUAAAAACAACACCGAAAUCAAA